AUUGUGUGGUGUCUAUUACUACAUUUAUGUUGUGUAAAUACCCACAACUUUUUAACAGGUAAGGCUGAGGAUAACAACAGUUUCACCAAAUGAGGAAACAGUUUUAGCCUUAAGUUGCGUUAAAUUAACAGUGGAUAUGUUUCUGAUAUUGACGUUUCUGAUUGGAUUAUUUACAUGUUCCACUGUAACUGCAGUUGACAGUAUAGAUGGCGCUUUAUUAGCAGCUGAACUGAGAAAAGUCAAAGAGGGGAUUGGUGUAAACUAUUUACAGGAGCAAUUUAACAGUUUUCCAUAUGAAACAAAAUCAGACACCGGAAACCAGUUGUUACAGCGGAUUCAGUCUAGUCUCGAUGUAUCGUUAACACAAUUGAACAGAGUAUUGACCAAUGUAAAAGAUAAGAUAGUGAGCGUUAAUACGGAUACUGAUAGUUCUAGUCUUCCAAGAUGUUGUGAUAUACCAGACGACCAGCUUACUUACAUUCCAAAGUUCCAAACAAAGGUAGAUGUCAGUACAGCGUGUGUAACGGCUUCACCUAUUGUAAUGGACAACUUAAAAUAUCCGACAGAUCAAAUCAGUGUAACCAUGAAAAACAAUUACGACUUAAACAAGAACGUUUUAUGGCAGCAUUACAGUACAACAGAAGGAGUAUCUGUUAUUUAUCCUGCAACUAAUUGGGAAAAUUGUAAAAACUUUGAUCCCAGAUACACGUCGUCCUAUGCCUCAGCAGCUUCUCCCACAGACAAGGAUGUUGUCCUCGUUAUCGACACGAGUUCCUCCAUGAAACAACCAUCUGGUAUUACAGCCAAAACAAAAAUGGUCAUUGUUAAAGAGGCAGCAAAUAAUGUCAUCCAAACGCUUAAACCGAACGACAGAGUUGGACUGGUUUCAUUUGAUAAGGAGGCAAAAACACCAUCGGUGCCGUCAACCAGUCAUUCAUGUUAUGGAAACGAGUUAGCUUUUGCAACGAAGGAAAAUACAGAUGAAUUGAAGCAGUAUAUCUUCACAUUGAACACUGGUACUACAGGAGAUUCAAACUAUGAAAAGGCCCUGUUAGCGGCUUUCAAUUACUUCCAUUCUUCAAACAACACUUUAGACAACGACAACCGAGUGAAAGUGAUUUUAUUCAUAACUGAUGGAAAAUCAACAUUGGGAGGAAAUCCUGUUCAAGUAAUAAGUGAAGAGAAUGCCAAAUUGCAGAACAAAAUAGCAAUCUUCACAUAUCUGAUAGGACAAGAUCUAGAUGCACAACAACAAUUAACAGGAAUUGCUAAUCAAGUUCUUGCAAUUGGACCUAAGCCAGUUGGUCAUUUUGAAGAUUUUAACCAGAAUAACCAGAAACUGCUUUCAACUAAAUUAGCCACAUUUUAUAUACAUCUGCCAACAGGUAGUCAGUCGGAACAAUCUACUUUCACUGUUCCCUAUGUCGAUCGGUUCUCAGAAGUUGGUUUGAUAACAUCAUUAUGCCGUCCUGUUAACGUCAUUAGCUUUCAUGGAGUCAUGUGUACAGAUGUGAAAAUAAGUGAACUUUUAACUGAAGUGGAGUACUUUUCAGAAGAUGAAUAUUCAUAUGCCUUUAUGAUAGAUGGACUUGGGAGAGUUUUGAUGCAUCCAUUGUUGCCAAAUGCAGCUUUUGUAAAAUCAACCGAAGACCCUGUGUUAGUUGAUAUUGGUGUAUUGGAAAGAGAAGUAGACGCUCAAUCUGUUAUUGAGUCUAUGAAAAGUGGUGGUAUGGGAAAGAAAACAUUGACGAAGUUUUUUACGAAACCACGUGGUAAACUUGUGAAUGAUGGAAGCAGAGAUGUUAGUCUUACAGCAUAUUUCUAUUGGGGUUCGAUACCUCAGAGUAAUCUUUCCUUGUGUGUUGUUCUUGUGGACGAGUCGUAUUCCGAAAUAGACGAAAGUCAAUUCCAGCUCAGCGAUGCAGAUUUACCAAAUGUAUUUAUGUACCACAACAGAAGCCUUUUGAAGGACUCCUUUUCUGAUUGCAAAUUCUAGUCAAGACGAGUAACAUCAGAUCGAAGUAGUGUGAAAUUUUCUCAGUCUGCAUUUCAAAACCCUUUCCAGUACUUAGACCGCGAUGGGACGGCUGAAGAUGUCACAAAUUAUGGCAAUUAUCUUACAAG